CGGCACUUCAGCGCAAAGCCCUCAGAAUCAUAUCGAUCUGCACUGAAGUCAAAGGCUAAAGAAUCACUUAAAAUGGAAUUGUGUGAUGGAUUAUUUCAGGCACGUGCAUCGUGGAUCCAGUUCACUUUUAUCUGCUCAAUGCUGUGCAUGUGGACUAGUGUUGAGUCCUGGUCUUACGUCUACUCAAACAAAUCAAUGAAAUGGGACGAUGCACGGAAUUGGUGCAAGGAGCACUACACAGACAUGGUGGCCAUCCAGAACCGGGAGGAGAUCGAGCAUCUUAACAACUGGCUGCCCAAAAAAAGGGGCUACUACUGGAUAGGGAUCCGUAAGAUCAAUGAUGUCUGGACCUGGGUAGGAACCAACAAGACUCUGACGGAAGAAGCAACAAACUGGGCAGAAGGAGAACCGAACAAUGGCAAAACUGAACAAAGUCUAGGAGUCAGUGAGGACUGUGUGGAGAUGUACAUUAAACGAGACCAAAAUCCAGGCACGUGGAAUGACGAGAGGUGUAUGAAAAAAAAGACUGCUCUGUGCUACACAGCGGCUUGUAAGAUUGACUCCUGUUUCCAUGGAGAGUGUGUUGAAACCAUCAACAGCCACAAAUGUGAUUGUUUUGAAGGGUUUUUUGGAGACAAGUGUGACCAAGUUGUGCAGUGUAACAAAGGUGAGGUGAUUGUUCCAGAUAAAGGACAUGUCAAUUGCUCUCACAAGUAUGGCAGUUUCUCCUAUGACUCCUUGUGUCAGUAUUCCUGUGAGGAAGGAUACAACUCUGAGUCAGUUUACAACUCUCAGUGCUCCUUCACCUGUGACCAAGGCUACUCAUUAGAAGGACCUGAGCUGCUGACAUGUGGUCAUCAUGGCAACUGGACUGCAGAGAAACCCACCUGUCAAGCUCCUGCUCCAAUUACUGCAGUUACUGCUGGUGUGGCAACAGGGGGCACUGCCUUGUUAUCAGGCGUGUCUAUGGCUAUGUGGGUCUUGAAAAAACUGAAGAAGAAUGUAGCCAAAUUCGACCUGAGCAGGAGGAUGGAGUCAAAUAUAAGAGGAGGCAGUCCAGUGGAUCACACUCAGAAUCAUUUUAUCCUUAAAUAUACUGAGGCGGAAGGAUCAACAAUCUUCUGCAGGCUAUCAGGCAUAUUAGUUAACAUGGAUUCCUGCUUUGGACUACUUAAGAGCUGGGGAUAUAAGAGCUCUGCUUCAUGGAUGAAUUUCACCUUCAUUUGCUUAGUGCUGUGCAUGUGGACUAGUGUAGAGUCCUGGUCUUAUUUCUAUUCAAACAACACAAUGACAUGGGAAAAUGCACGAAGCUGGUGCCAGGAGCACUACACAGACAUGGUGGCCAUCCAGAACCAGGAGGAGCUUGAGCAUCUUAAUAACUGGCUGCCCAAGAAAAAUGGCUACUACUGGAUUGGGAUUCGUAAGAUCAAUAAUGUCUGGACCUGGGUAGGAACCAACAAGCCUCUGACAGAAGAAGCGACCAACUGGGCAGAAGGAGAACCGAACAAUGGCGAGAGAGUAAUAAAUUCAGAGAUCAGUGAGGACUGUGUGGAGAUGUACAUUAAAAGAGAUAAAGAACCAGGCAAGUGGAAUGACGAGAGAUGUACAAAAUCAAAGACUGCUCUGUGCUACACAGCGGCUUGUAAGAAUGACUCCUGUUUGCAUGGAGAGUGUGUUGAAACCAUCAACAGCCACAAAUGUGAUUGUUUUGAAGGGUUUUUUGGAGACAAGUGUGACCAAGUUGUGCAGUGUAACAAAAGUGAGGUGAUUGUUCCAGAUAAAGGACAUGUCAAUUGCUCUCACAAGUAUGGCAGUUUCUCCUACGACUCCUUGUGUCAGUAUUCCUGUGAGGAAGGAUACAAGCUGAGUGUGCAGACUCCUCUGAGGUGCUCGGGGUCAGGAAAAUGGUCGGAUAAGCACCCUUCAUGUGAAUUGAUUCAGUGUGAGAAGAUGUCAGAGCCUACACAUGGAUCCAUGAAAUGCUCCGAUCCUCUGGCAACCAACUGGGCAGAAGGAGAACCGAACAACAGCAAGAGUGACAGAAAUGCAAAAAUCAGUGAGGACUGUGUGGAGAUGUACAUUAAAAGAGAUAAAGAACCAAGCAAGUGGAAUGACGAGAGAUGUACAAAAUCAAAGACUGCUCUGUGCUACACAGCGGCUUGUAAGAAUGACUCCUGUUUGCACGGAGAGUGUGUUGAAACCAUCAACAGCCACAAAUGUGAUUGCUUUGAAGGGUUUUUUGGAGACAAGUGUGACCAAGCUGUGCAGUGUAACAAAAGCGAAGUUAUUGCCCCAGAAAAAGGAUCCCAAAAUUGCUCUCACAAGUAUGGCAGUUUCUCCUAUGACUCCUUGUGUCAAUAUUCCUGUGAGGAAGGAUACAAGCUGAGUGUGCAGAGAUCUCUAAGGUGUACUUCCUCAGGAAAAUGGUCAGAAAAGCCACCUUUGUGUGAAUUGAUUCAGUGUGAGAAGAUGUCAGAGCCUACACAUGGAUCCAUGAAAUGCUCCGAUCCUCUGGGCUCAUUCAGCUAUCAGUCCACCUGUACUUUUACCUGUGAUGAAGGUUAUGUACUGUCUGGAUCUCCAUCUCUGCAAUGUGAAUCAUCAGGAAAGUGGAAUGGAUCCCAGCCAUACUGUGAUUCCUUCUUUGGACUAACCCAUGGAUAUAAGAGCUCUGCCUCACGGAUCAACUUCGCCGUUAUUUGCUCAAUGCUGUGCAUGUGGACUAGUGUAGAGUCUUGGUCUUACUUCUACUCGGACAACGCAAUGACAUGGGAUGAUGCACGAAGCUGGUGCCAGGAGCACUACACAGACAUGGUGGCCAUCCAGAACCACGAGGAGCUCGAGCAUCUUAAUAACUGGCUGCCCAAGAAAAAUGGCUACUACUGGAUUGGGAUUCGUAGGAUUAAUAACGUCUGGACCUGGGUAGGAACCAACAAGCCUCUGACAGAAGAAGCAACAAACUGGGCAGAAGGAGAACCGAACAAUAACGAGGGUGACAAAAACACAGGCAUGCAUGAGGACUGUGUGGAGAUGUACAUUAAAAGAGAUAAAGAACCAGGCAAGUGGAAUGACGAGAGAUGUGUUAAAAGAAAGACUGCUCUGUGCUACACAGCGGCUUGUAAGAUUGACUCCUGUUUGCAUGGAGAGUGUGUUGAAACCAUCAACAGCCACAAAUGUGAUUGCUUUGAAGGGUUUUUUGGACACAAGUGCGACCAAGUUGUGCAGUGUAACAAAGGUGAGGUGAUUGUUCCAGAUAAAGGACAUGUCAAUUGCUCUCACAAGUAUGGCAGUUUCUCCUACGACUCCUUGUGUCAGUAUUCCUGUGAGGAAGGAUACGAGCUGAGUGUGCAGACUCCUCUGAGGUGCUCGGGGUCAGGAAAAUGGUCGGAUAAGCACCCUUCAUGUGAAUUGAUUCAGUGUGAGAAGAUGUCAGAGCCUACACAUGGAUCCAUGAAAUGCUCCGAUCCUCUG